AUGUUCUCCAGAACUGCUGUUGUCCUCUCUUUCUUGGCAGUCGCCACCUCGGGAUUCAGUGUCCGCCCAUCGGCCAAGAACACUGUACAAGAUGCUCAUGAGCAGCUCACCAAGAAGAUUCGGUGCUGGGAGCCAAUCGAGGAGAACAUUGCUGGAAACAACUUCUCUGGAAAGCACACACUCAGCGAGCCAAUCUACGACCUCUGCUCCUAUAUGCCGGACCCAAAGAACUGGAACAAAGGAUACGUCAACGGUGUCGACAUGGACUCUGACGACUACACCAACGUCUUCAACUUCUUCCAAGUCACCCACCCAAGACUUGCCAUGCUCAAUGUCUGCCUUCAAGAGUCCCAUUCCUUUGAGAAGUCUCAUUCACUUCUCCUUCUUCCAUCCCCAAGCAUGUUCUCCAGAACUGCUGUUGUCCUCUCUUUCUUGGCAGUCGCCACCUCGGGAUUCAGUGUCCGCCCAUCGGCCAAGAACACUGUCCAAGAUGCUCAAGAGCAGCUCACCAAGAAGAUUCGGUGCUGGGAGCCAAUCGAGGAGAACAUUGCUGGAAACAACUUCUCUGGAAAGCACACACUCAGCGAGCCAAUCUACGACCUCUGCUCCUAUAUGCCGGACCCAAAGAACUGGAACAAAGGAUACGUCAACGGUGUCGACAUGGACUCUGACGACUACACCAACGUCUUCAACUUCUUCCAAGUCACCCACCCAAGACUUGCCAUGCUCAAUGUCUGCCUUCAAGAGGCAUUCCAAUUCCACGUCGCCGGACGUCCAUCACAGACUUCAAUCCGUUGUCUGUGCAAGAGAGAUGGCUGCAACCUGCCGAAGGAAUUUACCACGUUCCUGGACUUCAACAAGCUCCCAAUGCCAGAGACUUCUUUCUAA